GGCUCCGAAUAUUUACAGCAUGCUAAUGACGUCACAGGUCAGAGGUGGGAGUUCAGAGGUCGGAGUCUAAAGGUCGUCUCGCCGGUACAUGUGGUGUGUGGUGCUGGGAAGUUUGGAUAAUUUUUGACAGAAGAUGGCUUCACCUUGGUCCAACCCCCGUAUGCAGUACUCCUGUAUGAGGAGGUACCGAGGUCCAGUCAAACUGGUGGUACUGGACUGGGCAGGGACCGUCAUCGACUAUGGGGUGUGCGCGCCCGCACUGACCUUCUCGGAGAUCUUCAAGAACGAAGGUGUGCCCAUCUCCAACGAGGAGGCAAGGGGGCCCAUGGGAGCACACAAAAGGGUUCACAUCCAGCGUGUUCUGGAGAACGAGAGCGUGAGGGGGCGGUGGAUCCAGAAGCACGGCGGACCCCCCACGGAGGAGGACGUGGAUCGCAUGUACGCCAACUUUGUACCCAUGCAGCUGUCCGUCAUGAAGAACUACUCCACCAUGAUACCAGGUGCCGUGGACACAGUGAACCAGCUCAGAGAGAAGGGGAUGAAGAUCGGGUCCACGACUGGCUACACCACGCCCAUCCUGGACGACCUGAAGCCGGUCGCUGCCCAGCAGGGCUACGAACCGGACUUCUACGCCGCAGCAGACAUGGUCCCGCAGGCGCGCCCGUGCCCUUAUAUGGUGUGGCUGAACGCCAUCAAGCUAGACGUGCAUCCGAUUGAGGCAGUUGUGAAGGUGGAUGACACGGUAGAUGGAGUGAAGGAGGGAACAUCAGCAGGAUGCUGGGCUGUGGGCGUGGCAAAAACGGGUAACUAUGUGGGAGCCACAGAGGAGGAAGUGGCGGCCAUGAGCCAGAGUGAGCUGGACAGGAAGCUGCAGCGAGCCUACGACACUCUGAUCGACUCCGGCGCUCACUACGUCAUCGACAGCAUUGUGGACCUGCCGGAUGUUAUAGCAGACAUCAACCGACGCUUGGCAGCCGGGGAGAGGCCUUGAUUUUUUUGAAAAUUUAUUGUCCAAUCACUUCCGAAAAUAAUUUCAUCAGGUUGGUAGAAUACAAGAAUUCUCCCAUAUCCUAUUGUCCAAUCAGUUUAUCAGUCAUUGACAGAGGCUGAACUGUGUUGAUUUUACACAGUAUAUUUUGAAAACAUUGAAAUUAUUUCCCUGAAGGUGGAGUGACGCCCACCAAGCCUCUUCGGCUACUCUAAUAGUGUGCAGAAAACACACACGGAUUUGGUGUGUGCCAAUGUCCACAUGUACAUGUCAACAUUUGCCACUAAAAAUCACAAACAUAGAAUUUAAAUGUGCGGUGUGAAGACGAGCGGACUGCAGCCUACCCUUGUGUCAGGGAUCUCAGCAGCAGUUUAAUCAAAUAAUGGAUACUACCGCAGACUAUCAAAAUAUCAUCACAACACUGUAAUUAUGACAGUCAUAGCAUUAUAGUAUACCAAGGUUAUAUCAUAUAUAACCUUAUUGAGUAUACAAGACAAUUUUGGAAUAUGACAACUGUAUCAAAGUAAAAAAUAGUCUUGCAUGGAUGAUAAUCUUUUUGGGAUAUAGGAGUUUUUGUGUCUGGUGGUUUAAUGACAUUAUUGAUCCUACCAGGCCUGCUCCAAGCCAGUCAGAUACACAGUAACCAUUAAUUUUACGCUAACUAGUCUAAGAUGAAAUGCAUAUCAACAUUUGGGCUUGUAAAUGCUUUAUAUGAUGUAUGCUAGAAUGAAUUAAAAUGUGUUCAAAAUAAA